AAAUUGAAUAUCGGACAGAUUUCUUUUUUAAAAGCUGACAACGAUUCAAUAUUUGUAGUGUCAUUGAGUUGUGUAAACAGUCUGUUUACAUGGCCGUGACUAACAGUUAUCACACGACACCCGGAAGUUAAUGCUCCCUAUAAAACUCGAACCGGUACGUGGCGGGGGCUUUCCCACUUGGUAUACCCACGGACAUGAACACUGUAUCACUGGUUCCAUUAACCGGACUUCUGGUUCUGUCACUAGGUUCUCACGGUACUUUAAUAGGGAAAUGCAUCAACCACCGAGAAGACAAGGUCUCGUUCAACUGUCCACGUGGUCACGUCAUAUACAGACCCAUUUUCUACGCUGGCGUCAGUAACAGCAGCGCAUGCUCUUUUCAAGAUGGCGACUGCGUUGGCUUGACUGGUGCUCUACUAACGCAAAGGAACAAAUGCUACUGGCGCCAGUCUUGCUCGCUUAGAUGGCGUAGUAAAGUGAACAUCGUCUCGACAGAACGCGCGGAAUGCAUGGGACAACUAGCCAACUAUGUCAACUAUGAAAAUCCUACAUGUAUACCCAGAGAUAACAUUUACGACAUAUGCUCAUCGGACGACUACAGCAUCAAGUCCAUGAUCGGAGUAAUCCGGAGUCACUCGGGUUAUCCGUGGACAUACGACGGAAUGCACCGAACAUGUCGUCGCACGCUUAAACCUCGUUCUGGACACAUCCUGUCGCUUACACUGGAUGACCUGGAUACCAGUGAUUCCGACUAUCUGACCAUCAGACACGCAAAAGUGAAUUCUGAUGACAUUCUGCAAUUCGACGUCAAAAUGAGCAGCCGGAAACACUGGUUUAUAACAGAUGGUUUUAUCGAAAUAAAAUUCACAGCGACAUCUGGUGUCAAAUCUGCCAGUGGCUUUAUUCUACAGUUUGAACAACUCCUGAACAAUAGUGUUCCACUGCCCAGAGUGAAUCACAACCCCAGUGACGUCGACAAUCACAAGACAUCGUUCUUUUCCAACACUCACUUUAGGCAUCACAUGGCGACAGUGGACGAGUGUAUAACCUCGAAGGAAAAACGCACCAGUCUUCACUGUCCGUCUGAUCACGUGAUUUACAAACCGGAACUGCAGGUUGGCGUCAGCAACGUGAGGAAGUGCAUGCGCACGGAGGGCGACUGUAUGGGCAUGACACACACUCUGCUCACCCAGCGAAACAAGUGUUACUGGAGGAACAGCUGUGAACUCUCCUGGAGAUCCGGAAUCCCCAUCACCCUGUCUACGACACCCACGUGCCUGGCCCUGCCUCCGGACUACCUCUCACUUUCAGGAUUCAGCUGUAUUGCCAAAGAUCAAGUGUUUGACAUAUGCGAUAAACGUGUAAGCACUGUUAACGUAACAAACGGACUAAUUAUAAGCCACCAGUACUACCCAUGGCAUUACGAUUCAAAGAAGACUGUAUGUCGCAAGAGAAUUCAAAUUCACCGGAAGUUAGGAUUGCGCAUGUCGUCAGACGACUUCGACCUCGACCCUGACAGCAGGAAAGAUAACGUGAAAAUAUUCAUCGUCAGCGAAGAUGGAAAGCGAAGACCUUUAAAGAAAUUUAUGAGAAAUCAAAACGUAAACCUCAGCUUCACAGAAGGCUGUGUAGAUGUUGAAUUUCGAGUCGACGAGCAUUCGAAAAGUGGCAGAGGAUUUGUGUUCAAGCUACAACCGGCGUUUCCAGGAACUGACGUUGAUUCUGAUGACGGGUUCUACACAUGUCCAGGUUUCAAAAAACGAAGAAACAAACAUCACCGCAGGAAAACCUCAAGAACAAGAAAACACAGACGAACAUUUAUGAAAUCUAGACGGAAAACACACAGAAGGCGAAACAAGCCAAGGAAAGGACGGAAUGGACGAAGAGGAAGAAGAUAUAGGAAUAACAAGUUCAACGAAAUACAUACCAUUUACUAGCUGAACGCUCACAGUUACUGUUUGGUUUUUGUGAAUCAACGUAAGGUUGUAUUGAUAUUGUUAGUCAACUGGUUGCAGACUGUUGCUCGGGGUGCAAGUUGAACACCGAUUUCGAUUGAAAGGUUACGCCGUUCAAGGAUGCAAAUACUUCGCUGCCAAUGUAACUGUUUCCUAACUGUUUCCUACCUUGUUACUGUAUUUUUUUUUCAUUAUUAAAUCGGCAAAACACUAAUUGGAAAUAAACUAAAAUCAAUUCUGUAAUUAACUAUUAAAGGGACUUCAUUUUGUUAUAUGUCGUUGACUAACUGAUUCUUCAAUCUGAUCAAAUUCGCCAAACUUUUAAUAAUCUUUGAGUCUUACUUAAACCUUUUACAGACACUAAUAUUAUAUAUAAAAAAAAGUAUUUAAUAUGUAAUUUUAAUUGUUAACAAGGCUCGUUUAUUCGGAAAGAUGUUACAAUGGCACUUUUAAGAAGAUGAAAGCAGUUUGCUGAUUUAUAAAAAAAAAACCUCAACCAACCAUUGCAUAAAGUUGCCAUAUAAAUUUUUAUAUUUUUAUCUACAUUUUUCCAUGAUCAUGUUUAGUUGUAGUUUCGCUUACAACUAAUUUGUGACUAGUCACGCUCCUGGCGUGUGUGAACCACGACUGCAUGUUACAGACAUGUUAAACUCCUAUCCCGUUCUUUAAAGAUGGCUGCUGUUUCUGCAGUCCUAAAAAUGUAAUCAUAUCUUUAAAUCCACUCCAUCCUCUCCGAUAGCAGAUCUGAGGCAAAUAAGUGCUAUUCCUUUUGCAGUUGACCUUUUGUCGUACACAGUUAAAUCACGAAUGCAGCGGUGUUUUGACUGGUUAAAUGAAAAAUAACAUUGACUUUGAUCAGAUCUAUUUACUGACUAGAUGGAGUGGCCAGUACGAUCGAAUAUAUUUAGUAUUUUCAUCUGUAGCGUGAAGUAUGAUCGAAGCAUUAUAUUGUAUUCAUGUUUGGCAUCCAAUAGCCGAUGAUUAUUUAAUAAAUGUGCACCAUUGCUCUUAUUAAAUAAAACAAACUUUUAACUUUUACAAUUUAUUCUUUACGUGUUAAGUAUAAUAUUUCUAAGACUCAAAAUGUGCUAAUUUUCACCUAUCUUUUCUGCGAGCAUAUUAAAACAUGUAUGGGGGGGGGGAAUGGGUGUCACGUGGCUAGCUUUGUUUUACAUAGCUUAAACGUGAUGCCAUUUUCACCUAUUUUGCGGACAAAUACCUUAAAAUUGAAAUUUGACUUAAUCUGUACUCAAUUGAAAUACAUGUCAAAUUUAAUUUGUGUAUGCAUUAUAGAAAUGUAAUAUCCAGUAAAGUUUGUGUUCUCGACAAAAGUGCGCAGUUAUUUUUAACAUUGUUUUUACUAUAGUUUCAUAGUUUAUUAAUACAUUUUGGGUUGUAUAAUUUUUUCGCCACUCACAAAUUCCCACAAAUCGUGUACACUACUAGCAUGUGUAGGCUAUUUACUAAAAAUGAAAACAAAAGGUCACUGGCCUAUUUAAGAAAAUAUUUCAAAAUAUAUAUCCCUACACGCUACUAAUUAAAAAAAAUGUUAUGAUGCAAAACUCCCACACAUAUAAAGCCUCGUGCGGUCACCUCUAUUGAGGAACAACCCGUUUUAAUCAGGCGCCUUCAUAUUCUUCUAAAACAUAUUUAAUACAAGUUCGUUGGGGGAGGGGGGGGGGGGGGGGCGAUUGACUCGGAAACAAACGAAAUGACGAUCCUGUUAGUUUAAAAGCGACGCCACACAAUACGAGUGCCUCAUCCUAGAAUAGCGACGCCACACAGUACGAGUGCCUCAUCCUUGAAUAGCGACGCCACACAAUACGAGUGCCUCAUCCUAGAAUAGCGACGCCACACAACACGAGUGCCUCAUCCUAGAAUAGCGACGAGAACAGCCGACUGUGACAAGACAACAUUACGUGAUAUGCAAUCAGCUAUUCUCGCGUGGAGCUGUUUUCAUAAUACUAGUAUAUAGCUACAGAAAACCUGAUGAAAAAUGUCUGAGAUAUGUUUGGUCCCCCCCCCCCCCCCCCCCCCCCCGUUAUCUUAGUCUAGGUACAACCAAGUUCAAACGGUUUUAUUUGAAAUGGUGUGUUUUUUGUUUCUUUUGUUAUAUAGUAUAAACAUUUUCCUUGAGUGACUAGUUUGGAUGUAUUAAUAGGCACAGAUGUAUAUUUUUUGGUAAUAUAAUUUUGUUAUUACUUUAUUAUGUUUUAUUUGCUGUAUAUUUUGAAAAACAAUAAAAAGGUUUUUAUGAAAA